UGAGGGUCUACGGUGGAAACUUUACAGCCGAGCCGGAGGCCGGGUUCUGGGCUCGGGACCCGGGACCUGAGUCCAGCCUCGCACCGGGACCUGGUCCCCGCUCCAAGUUGUGACGGUUCCACCAACAUGUGACGGUUCCACCAACGUGUGACGGUUCCACCAACGUGACGGUUCUAUCAACAUGUGACGGUUCCACCAACGUGUGACGGUUCCACCAACGUGACGGUUCUAUCAACAUGUGACGGUUCCACCAACGUGUGACGGUUCCACCAACGUGACGGUUCUAUCAACAUGUGACGGUUCCACCAACGUGUGACGGUUCCACCAACGUGACGGUUCUAUCAACAUGUGACGGUUCCACCAACAUGUGAUGGUUCCACCAACGUGACGGUUCCACCAACAUGUGACGGUUCCACCAACGUGUGACGGUUCCACCAACGUGUGACGGUUCCACCAACGUGUGACGGUUCCACCAACAUGUGAUGGUUCCACCAACGUGACGGUUCCACCAACGUGUGACGGUUCCACCAAUGUGUGACGGUUCCACCAACGUGACGGUUCUAUCAACAUGGUUCCACCAUGAGCGAGCCGUCGUUGGACCUCUGGUUCUGUGAGGAGUGCCAGGACUACUUCCAGAAGGAGUGUCCGUCCCACGGACCCCCGCUGUUCGUCCCCGAUACGCCUGCGGCCCCGGGGUCGGCCAACAGGGCGGCGCUCACCGUCCCGUCGGGCCUGGAGGUCUUCACCGAGGGGGACCGCGUCGAUGUUCGCUGCCUGGAUCCAAACAUCCCCAAGGGGGCGGUCUUCGGUCCAUACGAGGGAGAGCUGGUGUCCAAGGACAAAUCCUCUGGCUUCUUUUCCUGGAUAGUGGUUGGUUUUAACAACGCGUAUCAGUCCAUCGACGGCAGUGAUGAGACCAAAGCCAACUGGAUGAGGUUCGUCCGGACCUCAUCGGAGGAGAGUGACAGGAACCUGACGGCUUUUCAACGCGGUAGAAACAUCUUCUUCAGAGUGAGCCGGGCGCUGGAGGCCGGAGAGAAGCUCAGGGUUUGGUACAGCGACGACUACAUCCAGCGCCUCCACCACGUCUCUCAGGACCGCAUAGACCGCAACCUGGACUCAGAUACCAGGAAGCUGACGCUCUUCAAGGAGGACUUUAUAUCUCCCUGCCUGCAGUCUGAUCUGAAGGGCAAAGCCACCGCUGGCAAACAAUCCAGCGAAGAGUCGGACGGCCAACCUGCUGCCAAGAGGAAGAAGAUCGACCUCAUCUUCAAAGACGUCUUGGAGGCUUCGCUAGAGGACUCCGGCAAGUCCAGGUCGCAGUCUUCCCUCCACGGCGAGUGCAAAGCAGCGGCGCUCGGGUUGAACUCGUCCGACUUUAACGUACCAAACCUGAAGGUGGAGGAGAAAGAGGAGGGCCAGAGCGGCGGGAAACCCUCCACCUCCUUCUGCCCCAACUGUAUCAAUCUGAAGAGGAGGAUCCAGGAGCUGGAGGCGGAGCUGUCCCGUUUCAGAGGAGAAAAGGGGGGCGCUGCCGGUCCACCAAUGUCUGGACGGACCCUGACCCAAAGAGAUCAGGCCCCGCCCCAUCCUGAGCAAGGCCCCGUUGAGGAUGUUCAAGUGAUGGAGCCCUUGACGCCCACUCCGGUGGUUCUGGAUGAAGACGACCCCGACGUGGAUUCGGCCGAUGAGUCCAUUGCUGCCGAUCUUGUGAUUUCUCCAGAAGAAUCGUUGAAGCUUUCCACCGGCGGAGGCCGACGGAUUCGUCGCUUCAAGCAGGAGUGGCUGAAAAAGUUCUGGUUCCUUCGCUACUCGGCGACUCUCAAUGAGAUGUGGUGCCAUGUCUGCCGCCAGUACACCGUCCAGUCAUCCCGAACCUCCGCCUUUAUCAUCGGCUCCAAGCAGUUUAAGAUCCACACCAUCAAGCUCCACAGCCAGAGCAACCUGCACAAGAAGUGUCUGCAGCUCUAUAAGCUGCGCAUGCAUCCGGAAAAGACGGAAGAGAUGUGCAAGAACAUGACGCUGCUGUUCAACGCGGCGUACCACUUGGCCCUGGAGGGCCGGCCCUUCUCUGACCUCCGGCCUCUGGCGGAGCUUCUGAAGCGGUGCGAGCUCAAAGUGGUGGAUCAGUACAUGAAUGACGGGGACUGUCAGAUCCUCCUCCACCACAUCGCCCGGGCUUUGAAAGACGACCUGGCUGAGAAGAUGCGCCUGUCUCCCUUCCUGAGUGUCAUAAUGGACGCCCAAAAUGACGACCUUUUCUCAGACAUGGUCGCCGUCUACGUUCAGUUCACCACCCACGAGGGCUCCCCGAACACAGAGUUCCUGUCCUUGCAGAGACUGAGCGUGGCCAGUGUGGACGGAUAUCUCCAGGCCAUGGAUCGAGCCUUUGGUGUCCUCGGCCUCAGGUUCCAGGACUUGCUGGUGGUCGGUCUGGGGGUAGAUGGCACCAACAUCUCCUCGGGAAUGAGAGCCAGCCUGUACGUAGCUGUCCAAAAUACCUUUCCUUGGAUCCUCUGCCUCCCUAUCAUGAUCCAUCGGCCCCAUCUGGAGGUGCUGGAUGCCAUCAGUGGGAAGGAGCUCUCCUGCCUGGAGGAUCUGGAAAACAACCUCAAGCAGCUCCUAAGUUUCUACCGCUACUCCCCCCGCAUGAUGGCUGAGCUGCGAUCCACUGCUCCGACCCUGUCGGAGGAGACGGAGUUCCUCGGAGACAUUAGGGCCAUUCGAUGGAUCAUAGGAGAACCAAACGUCCUCAACGCGCUCAUCAAAGAUUACCUGGAGGUAGUCGCCCAUCUGAAGGAGAUCAGCAGCCAGACGCAGAGGGCUGACGCGGCAGCCAUCGCUCUCACCCUCCUCCAGUUCCUCAUGGACUAUCAGUCUGUGAAGCUCAUCUACUUCCUACUGGACAUCAUCGCUGUUCUCUCACGAUUAGCCUUCACCUUCCAGGGAGAGUACCUGCUGGUGUCACAGGUGGAAGCCAAGAUCGAGGAGGCCAUUUUGGAGAUCGGUCAGUUGGUGGACUGCCCCGGAGAGUACCUGCAGGAAUUUGAGGAGAAUUUCCGUGAAAGUUUUAACGGCGUUGCUCUGAAGAACCUGCGAGUUGCAGAGUCUAAGUUUCAGUCCAUCAGGGAAAAGAUCUGCAACCGGAGCCAGGGCAUCCUGUCUCAGAGGCUGGACCUGCAGAGCCGCUCGUUUGCCAAAGCCUGCAAGGUCCUGGACCUGUCGACCUGGCCCGAAAACCGGGAGGACCUACAAGCCUACGGGGAGGAGGAAAUCCAGGUGAUAUUCAAACAUCUGGACUCCAUACUCUGUGGGGGUCAGGAGGGCUCCCACGCCAGGACGGAGGCCAGGGGCAGCCUGGUGGUGGAAUGGAAGGAUCUGAAGGCGGACUACUUCACUAUGAACCGGUUCAAAGAGGUCAUGGGUCACAUCUGCAGGUACAAGCAGCGCUUCCCUUUGCUGAACCGGAUCAUGCAGGUGGUCCGGGUCCUGCCCAGCUCCACGGCCUGCUGCGAUAAGGGCCGGGGGUCUCUGCAGAAGAUGUGUCGGAACAAUCGCUCGCGGCUGAGUCUGGAGCAGAUGAACGACCUGCUGACCGUGGCGGUGAACGGACCCCCCAUGGCCAACUUUGACGGUAAGCGAGCGCUGGACAGCUGGUUUGAGGAGAAGUCUGGCAGCGGUUACUCGCGGUCCGCCGAGGUGCUGAACCGGAUGUCGGGUGACCAGAAGUCUGUCCUGCACAGCGUGGACGUCAACACCGAGUUCUACCCGGACGCCUGACAGACGCACACAUGAAAAGAAAAGAAACGAUUAGAGUCUCGGUUUAGGAACCAGGGGACGGACCUCUUGGAUGAUGAGCCACGGGACCCGGGUCCUCUGGCUGCUGCCGACACUCAAAGACACAAAACAACUACAAGACGUGAAACCACCAGAGAUGCAAAGCAACAAAGAUGCAUGAAGUGAUGCAAAAGAGCUUCAGGUAGACACAAAGUGACGAGAAUGAGAUACAACUUCAAAUACACAAAAGCACAACAACUAAAAGAUGCAAAACAACCUCAAAGAAAAGAUCUGAAAAGACACAAACGAACCACAGAGACACACAACCACAGACACACACUACGACGACAAAGACACACAACGACCACAGAGACGCACUACGACCACAGAGACGCACUACGAUCACAGAGACGCACAACCACAGACACACACUAUGACGACAAAGACACACAACGACCACAGAGACGCACUACGACCACAGAGACACACAACGACCACAGAGACGCACAACGACCACAGAGACGCACUACGACCACAGAGACGCACUACGACCACAGAGACGCACUACGACCACAGAGACGCACUACGACCACAGAGACACACAACCACA